AUGGAUGUUAUUCCCAUUGAGCCUGGUGUGUUCCAGUCAUUGAACCCUUCGGAUAUCGAAUCAGUUGACGUAUUGAAGGACGCUUCUUCCACCGCAUUGUAUGGAUCAAGAGGAGCGAAUGGCGUGAUCGUUAUUACGACCAAGCGCGGUCGUGCGGGCAAAACGGUUUAUAGUAUCAAGUCACAGUUCGGUUAUGCAAACAGGACUACUCCAAAAUUUGAAAUGUUGAAUACACAGGAGCGUCUGCAAUUUGAAAAAGAAGUGGGGCAGGAGUUUGGUAUCACAGCGGGACCAGGCUGGUACCUGUCACGUGAUAACCCGGCUAACGCUGGUCUGUCUGCGGCCCAACUUACCGAAAUGGAUCGCCGGCUUGAUAGCUUACGGAAUAACAACACCAAUUGGGUUGACCUGUUUUUCCGUACAGGUACUGGUAAAUAUUCUUUCAAAGAUAAAUACACACUUAAUCUUAGUUAUCGGUAUGAUGGCGCUACACAGGUACCGGAUGAAAGACGCUGGAAAGGAUUUUAUGCAGCCGGUGUUACCUGGAAUGUGAUGAAGGAAAGAUUUAUGCAGAAUAUGAAUUUCCUUAACACAUUGUUGCUCCGCGGAAGCUAUGGGCAAACGGCCGCCCAAUUCGCCAAUGACUUUGCUUAUUUAGCUAACUAUGCUGGCGGUGUAGGUUCAAGGUAUGAUGGUAUCCAGGGUUUGAGCCCCACAUUUGGCAAUACGAAUCUUGAUUGGGAGUAUACAACGACUUCAAACAUUGGUGUUGACUUUUCUUUCUGGCAAAGAAAAGUGAGGAUGAAAGUAGAUGUGUACCACCGCAAGACUACCAAUCUUGUCAUCAACCAGAAUCUUUCAUUCACGUCCGGUUUUGCAGCGGGACAGGUGAAUGCCGGUACGAUGGUAAACAAGGGCAUCGAAGCAGAUUUUAAUGUUGACGUGGUGAGAACGAAGGAUCUGUUAUUCGCCGUCGGCGGAAACUUUGGUUAUAAUAAGAACAAGAUUACAAGUCUUGGCUCAGUCAACGAGUUUAUCCAGGGUACGGGCAUUAUUCGUGUAGGCCUGCCAUUGGGUUCUCAUUACAUCCCGAAAUGGGGCGGAGUAGAUCCUGCAACUGGUAAUCCAAGAUACUACAACCGUGACGGGUCUAUCACUACAACUUAUGAUCGCGCUAACCAAAGUGUUGCUGAGUUUGGUACGUCGAUUCCUCCUUUCACGGGUGGCUUUAAUGCAUCUGUC